AUGCUUUCUAUUCGUGCCGCAAACUUUGCGCUAAAUGGGGUGCUGUUAUUGGCCUUAAAGGCUCAUCCGGUGGUUGAGGCAGGUGUCGGGAAACCCAUAGAGUUAACGCCGCUUUACCUACUGGCUUUCGAUCGGUAUAUGCGACUUCAGGGAGCGUCAAUACAUGUCACUUGCGCCUCGUGUGGGAGGGUGGAUGGGUGGGAUUCAUUGGCUGCACUGUCAUCGGAGAGGGGGGCGGCAGAGUUGCUCGCAACAGCUGCAGAGGCCUCCCUUUUCCUUUUCCCCUUCCGUGCAGCAGGCGGACGGCGGCGAGGUUCUGUCGUUUCAGUUAUGACGACGUUCCUCUGCGUUGCCGUCACCGCCUGA